AUGUCGGAGCUGGCUUCGGUGCCCUCGGUCAGCAAUGGCAGCCCACCACCAGAUGAACGGGAGCAUGAACUCGACACUUAUCUUCAGCCUCUGCAAAUUGAUGACUCGAUCAUCCACAACCUUGCCCACCAGUUCUCCAAGGUCUAUGAAGAACUAGCUUUACACUCAGACGAACAAUUCUUGCCCACACCAGUUACGAAAUUGCCAUCUGGCCAAGAGACAGGCCAGUUUCUCGCCAUCGAUGUUGGUGGGACCAAUUUACGAGUUGCAUUUAUUGAAUUGUUGGGCGAUGCCGACGAACAGUUGCCUAGCGCCAAUGGAGCUGAUCGGUCACGUGCAACCAUCAGCAAUGCUCAACGACCGCGAGUUCGACGGACACUUGAAAAGGCAUGGCCCAUAGGUGAGCACCUGAAGAUGGAUAAGACCGAAGACUUGUUCGCCUGGAUUGGUGAUUGUAUUGCCGAGGUCGUCAAUGACCGGUUGAGCUCCGAUAUGGGCAAAGGUCCUGUACCAGAUGAGUUGCCCAUGGGCAUUACUUUCAGCUUCCCAAUGAUGCAAGACGAACUAUCCUCCGCGACCCUUAUGCCAAUGGGGAAGGGUUUUACCAUGAACUCCGACCUUGACCUUGGCUCCACCUUACUGCAAGGCUAUGCUCGCCACACCAGACGACAGUCUCCGUCGAGCUCCUCGCCACGCGCGAAACGAAGGAAGCUCGGCCCUCUUCCUCCCCUGAGAAUCACCGCCAUCACGAACGACACUAUUGCUACUUUUGCAUCCCUUGCUUACACUGUCAAGUCGUUGCCGAAUUCUCGCGUUGCGGCUGGCGUGAUUGUUGGGACUGGGUGCAAUGCGACGGUGCCGAUGAAGCUCUCGAGCUUGGGACCCUCCAAGGUGGAGCCCAUUAAGAGAAACAAACCAGAUGCAAUUGAGACCGUCGUAAACACCGAAAUCACUAUUGCUGGCGCCUGCGGUCCGUUGGAAGCCAUCACCACCGAGUGGGACCGCGAACUUGACGCUGCCUGUGCUCGACCUGGCUUCCAGCCCCUCGAAUACAUGACUGGCGGACGAUAUAUCGGAGAACUGGUUCGAAUCAUUUUCUUUAACUAUAUGACUAAAGCACACCGGCCGGCAGUGCCAGCUGCCUCGCUUCCAGCCACUCUUGUGCACAGCUAUAGCUUUACCACGACAUUCGUCAGUGCCGUCAUCGCACGGGCGCGAUCAAAUUCCGAGUUGGCGGGCGAGUUGAAGCGUCGGAUUCCUCCUCCAGAGUCGUCCAACUGGGGAUGGUCGCCCCAUAGCGCAGGAGCACUUCGUAAGAUUGCACAGCUUGUCCAAGUGCGAUCAGCAGGACUCAUCGCUGCCGCAACGGUCGGCCUUCUGGCGACGGUGGGCGAGGUAGCACUCACCGAGCCGGGAAGCCCUGCCUCCCUUCCUGAUGCAGUGGUCCAAACGGAUAGCAAACCGCCAUCACCAAAAUCUCAUCUUUCAGCGGCGCAGCGACAUAAUACAAGAGAUGCUCUUUCCCCAGCCCCCGGGGCUUCGGCUUGGAGAUCGGGGCCGGAGGAGCUCGUCAUCGCCUAUACCGGAGGAAUCAUCCAGCACUAUCCCAACUUCAAGGAACAAUGUCAACGAUUUAUCGACCGUCUCGUUAUGAGAGCUGGCCCUCAGGAUGGCGGCAAGAGUGUAUUUUUGAGGGAAGCUCGUGACGGCGGUAUCAUCGGAGCCGGUGUUCUUGCUGGAAUGGAGACAAGCGACAAAGGGCUCGUCUCCUAG